AUGGUCAACAACUACAUCCUGCUCGAGGCCGUCGGCACGGGCUCCUACGCGGAGGUGCGGCUCGCGAAGGAGAAGCGCACGGACGCGCUCUACGCGGUCAAGGUCAUCAACAAGGACGUGCUCCGGCGCAAGCUGACGCACCCGAGCGCGGCCCUCGCCGGGAACGGCGCGUCGGACACGAUGCUCGACGACGUCAAGCGCGAGAUCGCGAUCAUGAAGAAGCUGAGCCACCCGCACGUGCUCCGGCUCUUCGAGGUCAUGGACGACCCCAAGGUGAACAAGCUCUACCUCGUGCUCGAGUACAUGAAGCGGGGCGACCUCAUGCAGCUCCUCCGCGGCGACGCGAAGAGCUACGAGUGCGACGCGAUGAGCGAGCGCGCGCUCUGGCACGUCUUCCGCCAGGUCGCGUGCGGCCUCGAGUACCUCCACCUCCAGAACAUCGUCCACGGCGACAUCAAGCCCCAGAACCUGCUCGUCGGCGAGGACGGCAUCGUGAAGAUCGCCGACUUUGGCAUCUCGAAGAUGCUCGCGGGCGACGGCGCGCGCGAGGCGCUCCUCGAGACCGCGGGCACCAGGGCAGCAAAAGGGUGCGAAAUUCCCAACUUCAAAGGCUCAUAUCUCGGCCGAUUUCCACUCCCCUACGACGGCCCGAGCGCGGACGUCUGGGCGCUGGGCGCGACCAUGUUCAUGCUGCGGGCGGGCCGGCCGCCCUUCGUCGCGGACAAGGUCGUCCAGCUCUACCACCGGAUCAUCCACGACUCCCUCGAGCUGCCCCGGGACCUCGACGGCGCGCUCGCGCGGCUGCUGGGGCGCAUGCUCGAGAAGGCGCCGGGCCGGCGGGCGACGUUGGGCCAGGUGCUCGGGGACGCGUGGCUC